GUCCUUAUUAACUUCCUAAGUGUAGGAUCAUUUUUUGAGAAACAGCGAAGGAAAUGACUAUAAAUUUUAAUUUAAACAACUGAAAGGACUUUUCUAUUCAUCAAGAGGUCAUGGCUUCAUAUAAAGUUAUACCAUGUGGACCUUGUCAAGAAAGAAAAGUCAACACUAAAGCUGACAUCUGGUGUUACAACUGUAAUGAAGGCUUGUGUUCAACAUGUUCUGGUCAACACAAAAAAUUCAAAAGAAAACGUGAUCAUAAAACUAUUGAUAUCAAACGCUAUAAACCCUCCGUCAAAGCUAUCAAAACAGAAUGUGACAAACAUGGUCAACAACUCAACUUGUACUGUCCUAGUCAUUUAAUGCCGUGUUGUGAUGAAUGUAUUUCCACUAAUCAUUCAAAAUGCACCGGAAUAAAAAGUUUAGCAGGUGUAGUAGACAACACCAAAAUUGAACAAUCAACAACAAAAAUAGAUAAUAAUAUUAACUCUACUUUAGACAUCUUGAAUGAAAUUUUAAACAAGAAAUCAGGAAACAUCAAAAGAGGAGAAGAACAAGUGAACAGCAUAAAGGAAACUAUUGUGAAAUAUAGAAAGAAAAUAAAUAAACAUUUAGAUGACCUGGAGAAGAAAUUAUGCCGACAAACAGAAACCAUCUUUAAUCAAGAAAAAUCAAAUGCUUCAGAUUUCAUUACUGAAAUUGAUGGAAAACAGAAAAGGUUAAAGAAAUUGCAAGACCAUUUACAUAAUGUCACAACACAUAGUUCAAAACUACAUUCUUUCCUUGAAGUACAUCAGAUUGAACAACAAGUACAUCAAUGUCAACAAUAUGUCGAAGAUCUGGAAAACGAUGAGAGGGCAAAAGAAUUUGAUAUCAAAAUCAAACAAAAUGAUGAGAUAGAAAGUAUACAAAGCCAGAUAAGAUCAUUAGAAUCCCUGGGAGAAAUAAUGGUUGUUAAAAAAAAUAUAGACUUGAAUAGAGAAUUCAGUGUGAGAAAGAAAGCACAAGUCCAGUCAAGAGUACAAUCCAACAUAAACAAUAUGACAAUGAAUAUAGAGACAAAGAUGGAGAUCAACAUAAAGACGACAAUCAGUGACAUGAUUUGUCUGAUGGAUGGAAGAGUUAUAGUAGUGGAAGAGCAUCGUAAAGUAAACCUAUUUACUUCUGAUGGUAAACUACAGAAACAAUUUCCUAUACCUGGUGGAGCCUGGAGUGUUACACAGAUCAAUCAGAACACUAUAGCCAUAAAUUAUCCUAAUGAGGAAGCCAUUAAGAUCUUCAAUAUGGAGAAUGAAACAGUUACCAAAGUUAUCACAUUAGACAAAGCAUGCUAUGGUUUAUCAUUCUCCAAUAAUUCUCUGGCUGUAGGUUUGAGAUGUCAUGAAAUCCGUAUUAUAGACUUGGAAGGACAUACACUGAAGUCAAUACAAGUUAAGAGUGAAUCAUUCCUGGAGAACCUUGUUUACUGUAAUGACAGAGUAAUCUACAGUGACUGUAAUGCAGUAAACUGUUAUGCUGAAUCAGGUCAACAGAUCUGGGAAUAUACACAGGAUUUAUCAGGACCAAGAGGACAUUGUAUAGAUACUUAUGGUAACAUCAUUGUAGGAGACUGUGAAUCUAAUAGUAUAAUAGUAAUAUCAAAAGAUGGACAGAAUAGUAAAGUACUGAUUGGUGAAGAGGAUGGACUGGAGGAUCCUAUGUGUAUUUGUCUUAAACAAAAUGAGUCUGCAGGUUUUAUUUGUGAUUACAAUGGCACAUACUUGACAACAUUCAAUUUAUCUGCCGGAUAAAACAUACAGAGAAAAGUGGAUUCUAUAGAACUAUAAAUUUGUUAUACAUUAUGGAUUUAUUAGUAUUCAUUGGAUACAAAUGUUUAUGGAUUCAUAAGAAGAGAAGAACCAUGAAUUUAAAAGUUCAAUGAAAUACAUAUUUUUCUAUUAGGAUAUAUGCAGACUUUGGUAUAACAAUGAAAUCCAAUAUCCAUGUUUAGUAGUCAAGAUGGAAAACAGUAUAGAAAAGAAAUGUUUAUAUGAUGAAAUAAUUAAAUUGUAUCAUGACAAUAAAUCUUCUGGUAGUUUUAAAGUAUUAACAAGCGAACAAUACAGAUGGACUAUAAGUAAUGAAAGGAAGGAAAAUUAAGUUCCAAAUGACUACAUGUACAUACAAUCUAAGACUCUCAAAUCUUGGAAUAGUUUUAAAACAUUUGAUUUUUCUAAACUUUUACACAAAUAUUUCCCAUUCAAAACUAAAAGAUGAAUUUUAAAUAGCUGGUAUUUUUUUGUUUAAUAACAAGAAUGACCAAGGUAGAUACAAGUAUAUAAAUCCUACUUUGUAAAAAUCACUCUGAUUCAAACAAAACAUUAUCUGAAAUUGACAUUAUCAAGAUGCUUGAUUCUUGAUUGACAACUAAUUUGUUAUGUUUGGUGGACAAACUAUUCACAUUCCAAUGAGAACAAACUGCGACCAUCUUCUUACCUACUUGUUCCUUUAUUCAUAUGAGGCUGACUUCAUAAAGGAACUUCUUAGAAAGCAAUAAAAGAAGUGAGCAGUAUCCUGUAACAUUACUUUCGCUAUAAAGAUGAUGAUUCAAUAACUAAAGUGAAUGUUAUAAAAGCAGUACAAUUGCUUUUUUUUUAAGUGAAAGCUAAGGCCAUGUUCACCACAGCUGUCAGGGUGGGUGUUAAAAGGCAAAGGUAUAUGCAAAGGUUGAACUUAUUGCGUAAUUUGAGAUGUCAUACUUCAUUGUCUUGUUCAAAGAAAUAGGUUAUUAGAUCUAUUAGGCUUAACUUUUGCUUCCAAUAUAUGCUAUUACUGUAAAAGCAAUAAUUUUCGAGGAUGAUUUAAUUUUGUUUCUUUCGUGGAAAGAAUAUAUCCACAAAAUUAAAACCCCCACAAAAAUUUAACCUUCAUAUCAUACCACUUACAUUUAAGGAAACCACGAAAUUAAAUCCCCAUGAAAUCUUAUAGAGAGACAAAACCACGAAAGUUUAACCCCACGAAAAUUAAUGCUUCUACAAUAUAUAUUUUGUCAUGAUUUGUCUUUGAUAUAGUCUUGUAUGAUUUUUUAUUUUUUAUGUUGUACAGUAACACCACUGUCAAUUUAGGUUAGGUGGAGGGUUGGGAUCCUGCUAACAUGUUAAACUCUGCCACAUUCUGUAUGUAUGUGCCUGUCUCAAGUUGGGAGCAUGUAAUUCAGUGGUUGUCUUUUGUUGAUGUGUUACA